GGUGGGUUUAUUGAUGAUACUCGCCAUUGAAUCCAGCCAUCCACCUGCUGAAGGAUGCUAUUGGAGGAGGAGGAAGAGGAGGAGGAAGAGGAGGAGGCACGUCACGUUGUGCACGCUCGCUGCCCGUCGUCGUCGCAACGCGGAAGAGAGGAAGGAGGAAAAGGCGCUCCACGUCACGGAGGUGUAAUACUGGCGUCAGUGCAACACAAGGUGCUAACCUCAGUACCGCCUCAGCCCCACUGUACAGCCCCACUGUACAGCCCUCCUCAUGUAGGUUACAACAACUCGCAUGAGCGCAGAGAGAAGACAUAUUCUGCUGCUUCCCGCACCGAGCGGCCUCGGUAGAGACACUGGGAAUCCGCUGAAGCGUCUAGAUGGGUGAAUCAGGAUCACGCCGUUCCACGCUUGUUUCCCGCCUGCCCAUCUUCCGCCGCAGCAGCAGUAAGAGGCAGGAGUCUCUCCCCUCCUCUCCGUCUUCAGGCGGGGUGGGGAACGGCGUCCACAGCUCUUCGCCCUCCAGCACUAACUCCAGCUCCGGCAGCACCGGGAAACGCCGGAGCCUUUUCCGCACUCCCUCUCUCAGUUUCACAGCUAAACGGAAUAGUGAGCCACGUGUCCAGCCUAUAAACCUGAACCUCACACCUCCGCUGACACAGGCCACCGACACAAAUGGAAAUAACCAGCAGACGAUAACAACGUCAUUGUCGACAGGUUUCAGCGAGGGCGGCGGACGCCCCAAGUCACGCCACUCGUUUGGGUUCGGCAGCCACAAGAAGAAAAUCACACGCUCUCAGACCGAGGAUUUCGAGAAAGCAUCCUCGUCCUCUUCCACAGCCAAUCGAAAUGUGUUUAUAAACUGCAUCAGCGGCUCGGGGGCCAAUGAGGGCGACGACUCCGGGUUCCUCGAUGACUACAGCGGUGGCAGUAAUAACAACAAGCGGUCGUCGCGGCAGAAGAAACAGCUGCUGCCCAAAUCUUUCUCGGCUCACCACCGCUUCUCCAAGACCUCCGAUCACCACAGGCCUCCAGAAGUGAAUCUGGAACCUCCGAGCUCCACCACCGUCACUCCAGGGACAGGAGGGCUCACCCCAGGCUCACUGCCAGGCGAGCUGCUUGGUGCCGGUGGUGAGAGCUCACUCCAAUCCCCUAUAAUAUCAGAGGACCGAACCACAGCAGUCACCCCUUCAGAGUUCAUCCCCAUCACGGAGGAUUCUGUAUCCGAGGUGGAUGCUCUGCCAGCUCCCAGCCCCGGAUCUGGUUUAGGCCCAGGACCUGCCUCUGUACCUGGACUGGCUACUGACACAGCUCCACCUGACCCCCUACCUGCUCCAGAGAACUUCGGUGUAGCUGUCUCUACCUCCCAGGUUUUCUUUACUCCAGCCCAAUCCAGUGCUGAAAAACCUUUACUCCCUGACACCAGCACAGCCAACAACACAGACUAUGAGACCGCCAUUUCCCUCUCAGAGCCUGAGACAGCUGUGCCCUGCCUACCUCUUCAAGAACAAUCACUGGAAGAGAGGAAGGAGAGGGAGGAGGAGAGAAGGGAAGCGAGGGAAGAGGAGUCAGCAGAGCAGAGGAAGGAGUUGGUGGAGGAGAGGAAAGCAGGUUACCAGACGGAGACCACAAGUGAGAGCGAGGCAUGUGUGGUACGCAGUGAGGGUUGUCACUCUAACCCAGAGCAAUCGGAAAGGAAGGCAAGACACACGCUGUCUUUUCAAGAAAGAGGAAGCUUCUGUGGCCGCCACGAACCCAGGUCCUCUCACUUGAGAAAACCACAUGCAGCAUCUCUGUGUAGCAGUGUCAGCCCCUAUCACGAGGUGAUGCGGAUGGAAAGGCGUCUGCGCUCCUCGUCUGAGGGGGCUGGUGGGCCUCGUAUCCAUGGAAACCACAGAGAUGCCCCUGGCAUGGAGGGAUGCGGUUUGCUUAAACACAGAAACAACUCUUCUUCAUCCAAAAUGGGGAGUCUGGAUGUUUUAAACAACCUGGGCUCCUCAGAACUAGAUGAAGAUGAUCUUAUGUUAGACCUGGACCUCUCUGACGAUCAGCGACAUCGACACGUAACAACCAAUGGCAAAGAAAGAUUCCACUGGCUGCCUGUGGAGACCAAUGGGGAGCAGGAGCUCAGCCGUCCAACUAGCCUGCUGCCUGCCGACUGGAGCUCUGGGCUGGGUUUGGGGAGGGAAGAUGAGCCCCUGCCUCCAGGGCUUGAGACUCUUCCUCUCAGACUGAUGCAGCAGGACUGUACUGCUGUCAAAACCCUGCUUUUAAGGCUGAGACGGACACUGCAGGAGAGCACAGAGACGAGUCCUGCCAGCAGCCUCCAAUCACUACCCAUUAGCCCUUGCAGUGAAAAGUCCCUUCCAUUUAAGGAUCUUGGCAGAGAGGAGGCCUUGCUGCAACAACUGAGGGAGAAAGACGAACUGAUUCUCAAACUCCAGAGUGAACUGGAGAGUGCCAAAGCUGCCCUGAAGAUGAAAGACUGCCAAAUGACUGACCGCACAACACAGACAGAACACAUGGGGCCAGAGACCAAUCAUCCAGGCCGGUGGUCAGGACUAGGCAGCAGCAGUCUGGCUCCAAGGGACCGAAGGGUAGUACGGGGUGUGGGGGCAGCACUCGGAGGGGACCUCUCUAACCAGCACUACUAUCCACCUCUUCACGGCCGGACUUCUGCCUCUGAACGACACACUGCCAGGGAGGAGCGUCGCUGCCAGGGGGUUUUGGCACAGUCCACAGCCCAUAACCCGGCUCCGAAUCAGGGCUCCUCCAGCCUGUCCUCUGCCACUUCUGCAGUGUCAGCCCAAUCCUCACUUACUGCUCCAGCCCAGCUUCAAGUUUCACACCCGGGUCUUAGUCCAAACCAAUGCCCAGACUCCGGUUCGGCAGCUUCUAAUCACACAGCAAUUCCAUCUCUGUCCUCCAGGCAGCCAGAGGGGGUGUCCACUUCUUCUGAAUCCUUAACUCAAGGAGGAGGAGGUGGAGUGAGUCUGCCAGGUGGGGUGAGGAGAGGAGGGGGAGAGCACCAACCUCUUAGCCAUAUCCCUCGUGCAGUCGGGGCCAGCUCCUCCUCAAGCCUCCACAGUCUUGCUAGCAGAGGGAGCCCCUCUCCAAGCAUCUCAUCAUCCGUCCAAGCCUCCCCUCCGCUUCCUACUCCCUCCUCCGCCACCUCUUCCUCCUCCUCGUCCUCCUCGUUUACGGGUCGUUUGGGACAGCCACCUCGAGGCCCUCUGUCUCUGCAUAGCUACAGUCGUAAAAACGUCUUCCUCCAACAUUCCCUACAUACUUCCGAGCUGCAAGCUCUGACGCAGAGAGACAGUUGAGGGCACACAAACAUUUACACCAUCCCGACCAUAAGCAGCCAUAUUGACUGAAAUGGGUGACUUUAUGGAAAAUCUGCUGCUCCUUCAGUAUAAGUUACUCGUGUCCCAUUUCCCCCCUCACAAUCACGCUUGUCUCUCUUUACAAUCCAGACCAGCCCUUUGCUGACAUUUUGUUCAUAGAUUUGCUCACUUAAACACACACUCACAUGCAAGGCCACACACACACACACAGUUCAAGCUGUGAGUAUGAAAAAGGCACUCAUCCGUCUAUCAGAACUCCCACUUGGCGUCACGCUGACAGUUUAGAUGUGCUUACGCCCACAGACACACAAAGUGCACACAGACACACACAGUGCACACAGAUCUAGUCACACACAUUUGAAUACACACUCUGACACAGAGACAUCAUCUGCCUCACCAUCUGCACAAAUUACAGGGUGUUAAAGCUGAACAAAGAGAUGAGGUAUGUAUUUGUGUGUACUUUGUUGAAGAUUUAUUUUGUAUCCAUUUAUUUGGUCAUUUAUACCAGUUAAAAUCAUGUGCUGCUUAAGGAAACCAUGGGACUGACCAUAAUUUGCGCUGGUAAGGAUAUAUUCUCACUUUGCCAAAAUCCUACAUCAGAUCAACUCCUCAUUCCUUGAUGACAGAAGUCCAGAUAAAAAUACAUGUUAAGAUGAAUAUCUCCACCAUGACCCUUGUACUGCAUGCUUUUUACAAUGUAUGGUAAAUACAGGUGAGCAUUUUGUACUGCAACAGAAGUGUGAUCUGGAUGACUUUUAAAGUCUUUUAUUGAUUCAGUAUCAACUCUCACCUCAGUGUUUCAAGAAGGGAAUCAAACAUGCUACAACUUUUAAUGACAGGAGCCUGUGUAGAGUGUUUUGAGAACCAAAUAUCAUUCUCCUGCUCACAUUGAUACGGCAUUAGAUGUACUUUUGGCUUAAUACUGGACCAUCUUUUUUGUAGAAAUACAAUGUUGCAAUAUUACCCACAUUAUAUACAAGAAUCAAUGUGUAUCUGCGAUGUUAGAUUAGUACAAUACAGAAGUUGAAAUGAAGAGUUUCAUUCUAAAAUGAGAUAUCUGCCAUUUGAAUAGACAAAAUGUAAGAAACUAGCACUACUGAACCCUUUAGUAACAACAUACACCAGACAAUGAGGUUGAACAGAACGAGAUGUUUAGAUUUGGUACAAGAAGAAUUAUGUCUCUUUUUCCAAAAUGGGCAAAAAAAGUAUCAGGUUUUGGAAUGAAGCCCUUCAAAUCUUCUUUAGGGCUGGGUAUUGAACAGGGAUACUUACUGGUGCUUUGCUAGAUGACAAUGUCACUAUCCAUUUUUGAGAUUAAAAAAGGAAUAAUGUUUCAAAUAAUGGCUUUACAGUUGGCUGACACGUUUUCUAUCACACUCUUACUGAGGCAAUCAAUUGAGUAGAGUCUGAUUCUGCUUGAAAAAUAACAACAAAUAUUGCACAGAACGUUGUUUACUUUGAUCAAAUGAUGACAAGAAAGAAACAGAAAACAUGAUUUUACAAACUAUCCCAUUUGUAAAAGCAUCAGCACUGAGUUUUGUUUUACUGAUACCCAGUCCUUAUAUCUUAGCCGUCUUUUAUCUUCCUGAUCUCAGAUGUGUUGGUUUUCUUUAAAAAAAAACAAAAAAAAACUGACCUAAUGAGAUGGCAUUUGGUAAAACAAGGCUAGCAAUUUUGUUUUGGACAGUAGGACUACCUUUUGAGUGAGAUUUAUAUAUACUGAAACUGCCAUGAGUCAAACAACAUCAUUCACACUUUCAGGACAAAACGUGUCACAAUUUAAUAAGUGAGAAAUUUUUCUUUUCUUUUUUUGCAUCUGUGAAGGACUGAACUGCGUAACAACCCUUUUCAGUAUGCUGCAGUUAAAUAUAUUUGCUCUGCCCCC